CAAACAUCUUGACCUAAUCGUCAACUGUACAGACCCGUACAGCCGGCUAACGACGCUCAAGAAGCACCUCUGUCCAUCAGUAGGUGAGAUGAAUCACCAGCUACGUAGCCGUUACAGGGCUGUGUGCACAAGACCAAAGAAGGCAAAUUUAGACGCCUGGUUCAACGAAUGGGUGACAAUAACCAGACUCCUGACAGAGGCUAGAAUGCCGGAGAUUGACGGUAGUCAGUCACAAGAGGACUUCAUACUAUCGAUUAGGGGCCUUGACAGUUGGGCAGCGACACAGCUGCAGGAGCUAAUCUGGAAGGACCAGAGAGGGGAACAGUACGCGUCAACUGCAGACCUUGUGGCAGAAUUUCGGUCCUACUAUCGACGUACGCGCCUAAUUGAGUCAUCAAUUGGUACAUUAGCAAGAUUAGGGGUUGCAAUCAAACCAGACGGGCCAAUAAGCACAGGGGAAUCGAUACGACGCGUAAUAUGCCUCUGUGGAGACAACCACAGGUUCAAGGACUGUCUGUACGUCAAUCAAAGUCUACGACCACGGGAUUGGAGACCCAGUCACUCAGUACAGAAGAAGUUUGACGAGCUACGUCAACAGUCAGGGAAUCCAGUAUCAAAGGUCUUGAGGAUAGUAGAGUCUCAACUCAAGAAGGACGGCAAGCUGACAGACGAUGUCAAGAAACAGUCUGUGAUCAGCAUGGACGAUGGCCAGCCAGUCAGGAAUACAACACACUGCAACUUUAUACGGCUAUAGCCGAUUAGACCCAGCCACCGUUACUCACCAGGUGGAUAUUGGACUCAGGAUCAAACUGUCACGUCACCAACAAAAAGGGACCCAACUGGACUACAACAGAAAGAGGAGAGCCCACAGACUACGUCUACGCAGGCGGAGUGUUAGCCCAGAUAGAGAAGUGGGGUGAGGUUGUACUCAACGUCAAGAGUCCAACAGGACGGAGUCAGAUAAGGUUGACGUACGUGGCCUACAUACCUGGCUUCUUCACAAGUGUAGUAGGACUGUCACGCAGUGAACCUCUAGGAGUACACUUCGACUCAGGGCGUGACUGCCUGUAUCAAGAGAAGUGUUGCGG